UUUAAACAUACGUACUAAGCUAAAAAAUACAGUACUACUGAGGCCGUAGGGUGUGCAUUUCACGAAAAUGGAGAAUCUGCCGGUCUCGGCCGGUGAUGCCCCCGUCGAUAGCGGUGCCGGCGGAGGAGGCAGCAAAGACUAUUACGAGACGUGUGAGGAAGACGACGAGCUGGUGGUUUUGGAUGACGGCAGCGGAAACAGCGAGCAAGUGAGCAGUAAGAGGGCGGCGGACCGAGUGAAAGGGCCAUGGUCUCAGGAAGAGGAUGCAAUUCUCAGUAAACUCGUGAGUAACUUUGGCCCUAGGAAUUGGAGCUUGAUUGCGCGAGGAAUUGCAGGCAGAUCGGGGAAGUCUUGCCGCCUCCGCUGGUGCAAUCAGCUUGACCCUGCGGUCAAACGCAAGCCAUUUACUGAGGAAGAAGAUCGCAUGAUCCUCCAGGCACAUGCUGUCCACGGAAAUAAAUGGGCAUCAAUUGCAAAGCUUUUGCCAGGAAGAACAGACAAUGCAAUAAAAAAUCACUGGAAUUCUACCUUGAGACGUCAUUAUGCCGCACUUGAAAAGUUUACAGGCGAGUUUGGCAACAUGAUGGAAGAUGUUAGUGUAGAAAGAUCUAAAGGAUCGUCUGAAGAUACUCAAUCGUGUGGAGAUGUUAAUUCAUCGAAGGAGAAAUGUUUCUCCUCACUUGAAGAUACGAAAAAUAUGCUCGCUGAAGACAAGACCCAGGAAGCAGUUCAAUGUAGUGAAGAAUCAGUAGACCCACCAACUCUGUUCAGACCUGUGGCUCGUGUAAGUGCUUUUAAUAUUAAUAAUAAUUCACUCGACGACCGAAAACUUAAUUCUGGGAUAAGAAAAUUGGUUGAAGCGGCUUAUGGUGAACAAUUGAUUCCUUUUCAAUGUGGUCAUGGCUGCUGUGGGAGUGCAACUCAAGGAAAUCAUAAUAAUUCCUUAUUGGGUCCCGAGUUUAUUGACUAUGCCGAGCCUCCUUCCUUCCCACUCCAUGAAAUUGCAGCAUUAGCCACAGACAUAAGUAAUGUUGCUUGGCGUAAUAGUGGAUUGGAAAACGGGAGCAUAAACUUAUUCUCCAAUUCAACCAGUAGUGAAUUGUGCAGCACCUCUCAUGAUACUUUGGAGGAGAUUAGGAUGAUUGACUGCUCGCUGCUUGAGCAGGGCAACGGAUUGAUGGCAGAUCCAGGUUCAGAUACAAUAAAUAGGCAACCUCUACAAGUAUAUACUAAAGUUUGGAACAUGAGUUAAUUGGGUAAAUGAAUUUGCAUCACUUAUUAUGGGUUGGUUUUGUGCUUAAUAAUACAUCCGAUAGAGAUAGCAAAGUUAUGAUUUUUUUUUAUCUCAAGUAAGAAAGUCUUAGCCGAUCUUACAUUAGCAUGCAGGAGCUUUUGAGAUUUGCAUCAGGCUACUAGCUGCUGCUGCUCGUGCCUUCACAAGAAAUGAGUAAAUACAUUUUUAUACGUACAUUUUUUUCUACUCUUAAAAGUCCCGACUCCAGUAUCACUUUUGCCACAUUUAGUCACAAUGUCACAUUGCUUUUUUUAUUAAAUGAAACACCAAAGAGUAAUUUCAUUAUAUAGUAGAAAUUUGGAAUGUCCUACACAAAGCAGACGUAACAGAAACAUUGAGAAGGAAAAUAGAGAAGCAAAAAUGAUCAGUGUAAGAUGCAGAGGUCAAAGACGUAUAUCUACUUGGAUCUCUGUCAAUCUCAUCUUUUGGCGCUUCCUCUUGAGCCUCCUCAUAUGCUACUUCUUCCACUUGGCUCUCAUGUUGAAGUGUUUUGUUAGCUUUCAAAGAGACUCAAUUCUGAGUGGGCGAUGCAAAAAUCUCUCGUCACAUUGCUUUGCUUUAAUUUUCUAUAAAGGUGGAAUAUAAGUUAAUUAACUAGUCAUACUAAUGAGACUCUAGUAUUAGGCUAUAUUAGUAUUUUUUAUAAAUCUUAACAUGUACAAAGUACAAGUAUAAAUUUAGUAUAUGGAUUAUCUUCCAACUCUUCUAUUAAAUAUCUAGAAGUGGUCAUUUUGCA